AAUAGGUGGUAAAAUUCCCUAGAAAAUUUUUAGGUUAUGUUAAAAACUAUAACAAGAAAUUUUAAUUAACAUUGUUAAUCAUGAAAAGGGGCCCAAAAGGAAGUCUACUGGUAGAUCGACUACAUAAAGGCUUCGUUUUAACGUGCAUAGCAGUUACAGUAUAUGGAUGUUCCGUAUUAGCCAUGAGAGGUUAUCGAUAUUAUACAGACGUACGACCCCAGUUACAGAAGAAGCAAUUAUUAGAACAGCAGAACUUACUAGCGGAAGGUUCAUCAGAAGGCUUCAAAGCUACUCCCGAGAUACGUGCUUAGUUUAAAGUAAAAAAAAGGUCUAAUAUUAUAUUAAUGAUUGUAAUGCUUGAUACAUAGUCCUUAUAGCCCUAGGAUUGGCAUAUAUUUUUUAAGUGUACAAGUGUAUUAAAGUAGUACAAAAUAGAAGCAUGAUUUUAUA